UUGUCGAUGACACCUUGUCGUUUCCCCAUCGACUCUUCCUCGCCAUAGUUGCUUGUCACUAUGUGGCGAGCGAGUAGCACUGUAGCGCGGAUAUAUUCGUCAUCUAGCCUUUUUUUCGAUUCCUCCUGAAUAUCUAUUGCAAUACGUCUACCUUGUAGGCAGUGCCUACAAGGCACUUGUCUCACUCUCGUUUUCUUUUUUCAUUCUAUCAUCAACCUUGUUGUUCCUAUCGCAGUCCUCUGAGCGAUAGACACAGGGAUGCUCGAGCGAGCAGCGAGACUAUGGGAGCUAGGAGUUACCCAGCAUCGAGCAGCUCUUCCUGGACAGCUUCCCGACGGCUGCCCUCGCGGUGGACACUGGGACGGCAGUCCGUGGAGUCCUUGCCGCUAUCCACGCCCGAGAGUUCGUGUGUGGGUUACCCCUCCCAUCCGAGAAUGAAUGCCGCACGACACUGUGCCCGGCGUGAACCAAGUUCUCCUAAGCUUGUGAGAGAUCCCCGCGAAAUGUCCUCGUGCUCGAAAGAUAGGGCUAACCAAGGGGUGAAACCAGAGCCUCUGAUAAUAACGGGCUUUGAGGAGUUUGAUGAGGAACCCGUGGAGAGACGGAGAGAGUCUGGAAGGGUACUCAUUGGCUCUGCUGAAGAUAUUUAUGAGGUUGGAAAGAAGGUUGAGCCGAACAGUGUAGGAGGGAACGAUGAUCAAGAGAGGUACUCCUUAGCUUCCGAGGAGCAUCACAUCCACGUGCCCUCGUCAUCCUCAGCAUCAUCUCUACCCCUAGGAGGUGCCGACGGUUAUCGCUUCACAUCAAUUGACUUCAUGGAUUCACACAAGUCGGGUGUGUUGUCGAGGAACUCGGCGGGAUAAGGAAACGACU